AUGUUAUUUAACGAGAUGAGUUCUGUACGUGAGAUUCAAUUACCAAGUGAACAACAAACAAUCAUGAAUUGUGAUAGUAAGUUUAAUGAUUCAUUUUGGUCAGAAGUUUUUAAAACAGUCGAUAAAAAUCAUGAUGGACGAAUAAAUAAAAAAGAAUUUAAAAAAUUCAUGUUAACUAAUGGCGGUAAAUUUACUGCAAAUGAUAUUAAAAAAAUAUUUACUUAUUGUGAUACAGACAAUAGUGGUUAUAUUGAUUUUUUGGAAUUCAAAAAUUUUAUGGAAGGACAUUGAUUAACAAUAUUGAAUUUCAAUUUGCGCACACAUAUUUCCAUUUAUUUAUUUAAACAAGGCUUGAUUACUUUUAAUAUUUUCCUAUUUUUUUCUUUGUCAUUAUGUUUAUCUUUUGAUUUGUUUAUUUUCAUGGUAUUUCAAGUUCUUCAAAUGGCAUAUUACAACAACUUCAUACAUUUUAUUUGUGAUGUUUAAGGUUAAAUUGAAAAAUUACCUUUUUAAUUAUCAGAUUUUCUACUUAAUAUUCAUUUAACUACUUUGUUUACUGAUGUGAAUAGAUUAAAAAAUAGUCAUCAUAUUUCUUGUAUUCAUUCGGCAUAAUAAAAAAGUUAAUAUUAUUCUUAUUAACUUAGUGACAGAAGAGAACGGUUAUUGGUUAUUUUGGGGAUUUUUAUUUCCAUUUUUUUUUUGUUUU